AUGGAUGCAAUGUUGGUGUGCACCGAGACCGGAACACUCAAUUUCUCUACAAACGACGCAGACGCUCUUGCGCUAUUCUACAACGAGUUCGAUAAAAUCAUCGUAGUGUGCAUCUUGCCGAUCAUCGCUGCGUUCGGAGUUGGGACGAACCUCUCCUUCAUUUUCAUCGUGGCCCGAGUUGCCCGAAUGCGAACGAUGACCAACUUGUACCUGGUUCAACUUGCCGUGGCCGAUUUGUUGUUUUUGUUACUGACGCUGAGCGAAACGUUGAUCUAUUACGGAGCGUCACCGCUGAGACUGGACAUGACAGUUACUGGAUUCGUUGGGAGUGUUACGUUCUACUCUUUACGUGGUACCGUCCACGCAGCCAGUAUGAUGCUGGUUACCGUAGUGGCUCUGGAGAAGUAUAACGCCAUCUACAGACCGCUGCACUACCAGGCUCACUGGUGCCCCGGUAAUCGUAAACGGGCCAUUAGGAUGAGUUUAGGGGUAUGGGUCUUAUCCGUAGUGGCAGUGGGUAUUGUUGGGCCAUGGCUUAGUGAGUACGUCUUAACCUGUAUAACGUGGCCUGAAAACAAAUCCGAAUUUAAAAACGUUCCCAAUCACGUGUAUACUUUAAAUGUGGAUACGUCAUCAAUGACGGCGUUCGAACUGCUUACGGACCCGCACAGUGAUCCCCUGUGGUACACGAUCACGUUUCUCGCUGUGGCUCUGGUCAAUGCCGUCUUGUUUGCCAGGAUCGUCCGGGCGCUGAACGUGCGCGUGGUCCCGUUCCGUCCGGAGAACGCCAUGCUGGAGGCCCGGAUCGUACGGACUCGGAACCAGGUGGCGUGGAUGCUGGUUAUCAACGGUGCAGUUUUCUUUGUUCUGCUUGCUCCGAGGAAAAUCUUCGCUUUCGUCUGUGCUAUAACGUUGAUGUCGAAUCGCAGAUUACUGGGGCAUGUGGAGCGGGGUUACAUCUUGAACGUGUUCCGGAUCAUGACUUAUUUAAACUCAGUCGUGAACCCCAUCGUCUACAGUGCAGUUAGCCCUCGGUACAGGACAGCGUUCCGUCGAGCGUUUAAGCUCAAAUACAAAAUAAGAUCUUUUUAA